UGUCUGUCUAUCUCUACCAGGGUCCAGGGUCCCUUGAGACUCCUUCGCUGCUCUUUCGCCUGGAUCCAUCUUCUUCCACUGCGCGGUCCACCACACGACCUUCCUUCUAUUCCCAUCUCCCUCGAUCUCUCCUCCUCCUUUCCUCGCUCUCCGCUUCCCUAAUUCGAUUCGCCCUUCUCGCCUUGUGCCCUAGGAGAAGGGAAAUCAUGGUCUUCUACUUCAAGUCGCGCCCUGAAUCCGGCGGCUACACCAUCUUCAUGGGCCUUGACAAGCACGAGAAUGAGGAGCUCAUCAAAGAGAUCAUGGGCGUCUGGUGGAAUUAAUUUAGGUUUCAUGUCGACAAGAUGUCAUCGGCUCAUGUGUAUCUGAGGCUGAAUAAAGGUCAGACCAUCGACGACAUCAGCGAGGGGUUGUUGGAGGAUUGCGCUCAGCUCGUCAAGGCCAAUUCGAUUCAAGGUAAUAAGGUUAAUAACGUCGAUGUUGUUUAUACUCCUUGGUAUAAUCUGAAGAAGACUCCUUCUAUGGAUGUUGGACAAGUUGGUUUUCACAAUUCGAAGAUGGUCCGCACAGUGCGGGUAGAGAAACGAAUAAAUGAGAUUGUGAACAGGUUGAACAAGACCAAAGUCGAAAGGCAUCCUGACCUGAAGGCUGAGCGAGAAGCUGUUAAUGCUGCAGAGAAGGCUGAACGGAAGCUUCAGCUAAGGGACAAGAAACGACGAGAGGAUUUGGAAAGACUUGAGAAGGAGAAGCAAGCAGAGAUACGGAGUUACAAGGGCCUUAUGGUUUCAGACAAGAUGACUUCAAACAAACAAAUUGCAUCCGCCAAUAAAUCCUUGCAAGAACUAGAAGAUGAUUUCAUGUGAGUUUAUUAUAAACUACAACGCAUUGGUGGUAUUGAAAUUCCAAAAGCUCCACCUGAUCAAUGAGUUAUUGCUAAUGCAAGGGUGUGACAUAAAUGAUGAGAAAGAUCAUCGCAUGCUACCUGAAUGAUUUUGCCACUUGGAUUCAUCUCGUGGCCAUCUUUAAACAUGUUAUAAACAAUGAAAUUUGAUCAAAUGAAUGAAUUUGCCAUAUGAUUUCCUAUGUUUCCACAA